AUGGAAUUUGACGUUUAUACCAGUUCGAGCACAGCCGUAUCGACCCGAACCGACCGUGAUCGUGAAUAUCGUGGUGGAGGAGGUGGUCGUGGUGGCGGAGGUGGUGGUGGUGGAGGAGGAGGCGGUGGCGGUGGAGGAGGAGGUGGCGGUGGUGGUGGUGGACGCCAUCGGUCGCGGUCCCGCGAGCGUCGUCGUAGCCGUUCCCGAAGCCGUGGAGGUGACCGGAGAAGGUCGUCGCGUUCCCGUUCGCCUUACCGAAAGCAUCGUUCGAGGAGGCGCAAACCGUCGCUCUACUGGGAUGUUCCGCCACCAGGCUUCGAACACAUUACACCACUGCAGUACAAAGCGAUGCAGGCUGCCGGGCAGAUUCCGGCUAAUAUUGUGGCGGAUACACCUCAGGCAGCUGUCCCGGUGGUCGGCUCAACCAUCACGCGUCAAGCGAGAAGGUUGUACGUGGGUAACAUACCGUUUGGCGUCACGGAGGAGGAAAUGAUGGAGUUCUUUAAUCAGCAAAUGCAUCUGUCCGGUUUGGCCCAGGCUGCCGGUAAUCCGGUACUUGCCUGCCAGAUCAAUCUGGACAAGAACUUUGCGUUCCUGGAGUUUCGCUCGAUCGACGAAACCACACAAGCCAUGGCAUUCGAUAGCAUUAAUUUUAAAGGACAAAGUUUGAAGAUUCGAAGACCGCACGAUUACCAGCCCAUGCCCGGUAUGACCGAUUCAGCGGCGGUCAAUGUUCCCGAAAAAUUCUCCGGAGUCAUCAGCACUGUGGUACCCGACUCUCCGCACAAGAUCUUCAUCGGUGGCUUGCCGAACUAUUUGAACGAGGAUCAGGUAAAGGAGUUGUUGCUCUCGUUCGGUCAACUGAAGGCGUUCAAUCUGGUCAAGGACGCCGCGACAGGUCUGGGCAAAGGUUACGCCUUUGCUGAGUACGUGGAAUAUACAACUACCGAUCAGGCAAUUGCAGGGUUGAACGGUAUGCAGUUGGGUGAUAAAAAAUUGAUCGUGCAACGUGCCAGUGUAGGAGCGAAGAACUCGAACGCUGCCGUCGUAGCACCGGUACAGAUUCAGGUACCGGGACUUUCGCUUGUCGGUUCAUCUGGCCCACCGACCGAGGUGCUUUGCCUACUGAACAUGGUCACACCGGACGAGCUGAAGGACGAGGAAGAAUACGAGGAUAUUCUUGAGGACAUUCGGGAAGAAUGCAACAAGUACGGUGUGGUGCGGAGUGUAGAAAUUCCUCGGCCAAUUGAGGGUGUUGAUGUGCCCGGCUGUGGCAAGGUGUUUGUCGAGUUCAAUUCAAUCGUCGACUGUCAGAAAGCGCAGCAAGCACUUACUGGGCGCAAGUUUAGCGAUCGUGUCGUCGUUACGUCGUACUUCGAUCCAGAUAAGUAUCAUCGACGAGAGUUUUAA